CUGGCCUAGAUCGGCUUCUCCACCGCGAUCCACCACGACGACCUACUACAGCUCGUUCCCCAUUCUAGACGUUCCAGUGCCCGUAGCUCCACGCCCAAGACGCAACGCCGUUGUCACCCCAAACCCUCUCCCUUGGCAUAAGUCCAUUUGCCCCAAGUCAACCCUAAAUAGAUCCAAUACCAAUCUUGACAUACAUUUUUUUUUUAUAUUCUCGUCGAACCCCCUUCAUUCUGGUAGCAGGACUCCAAUAGUACAUUUCAUAUUCUUCAUUCUUUUGAGAAGAUCAAUCAAGAUUACAUCAGCCCUGUUACAUCAGUCAGAGACGCAGCUAGUAUGAAUUUCACCAAGAAGAUCGAUCGCGCCUUUCAAUGGGCUGGGGAGAAGAUGGGCCAAGAGGCCAAAACUGGCCAUACCGACGAGUUCAAGAAUCUGGAGACUGAAAUGGCUCUUCGGCAUGAUGGGUACGAACGUCUUCAAAAGUCCAUGAACGUCUACGUCAAGUCGCUUUCUCGCAGGGGCGAAACCUUCGACGACAAGGAGAAAGGUCUCCCAGUAAGUUAUCUGGGACGGACAAUGAUAAGCCAUGGCGAGGAUUUUGAACAGGACUCAGAAUUUGGCAAUUGCUUAAUCGCCAUGGGCAGGGCCAAUGAGCGCAUUGCUGGUAUCCAGGAGACAUACAUUGCGCAUGCUACUUCUUACUGGUUAGAGGGCCUAGAGCGUUCCCUGGCCAUGAUGAAAGAAUAUCAGUCUGCCCGUAAAAAGCUUGAGAAUCGGCGUCUCACAUACGACGCAAGCAUGGUUAAGAUGCAGAAAGCGAAACGAGAAGACUUCAGACUCGAAGAUGAGCUUCGAACCGCGAAAGCCAAGUAUGAAGAGUCGUCCGAAGAUGUUUUCCGUCGCAUGCAGGACAUUAAGGAGGCUGAAGCCGAAUCCGUUCGAGACCUGACCUGUUUUCUCGAUUGCGAGCUCGACUACUACGAACGUUGCGCCGAAGAGCUCCGGCGCGUGAAACAGGAAUGGGUUGGUGGUCAAGGUCAAACAUCCGGCGGUUCUCGACCAUCCGAGCUUAGCGUCUCGCGACGCUCUACGAGGAGUAGGAGCAAUACAGCCCAGUCGUAUUCGGACCGAAAUGAUCGCACUGAGCGAUGGGCAAGCCGACAAGACAGCCAAGAUCGAAACGAGCCAACUCCUGAACCUGUGCAGAUGCCUAUUCGUUCAAGUCCGUAUCGUGGAAGCGGGUACGUUGCUCCUGAGGCGCAACGGCCGGGGAUUAGUCGCGCAACUACACACGCCGGUGCGUUCGACGGGUCAUCCUCGAGACAACAAUCGUACCGCGAGCCACCUGUCCCACCUUCCGAGUCGCUGCGCAAGACACCUACCAUUCCGCCACCAGCUAUAGGAUCUCUCCGCAAUAAUCUGCGCCCGGUAAAUCGAGUCCAGACCGGCCAAAACCUGAGCCCCGAUGUUUAUGUAGACGAUUAUGAUACGACCACCAGUGGCGGGAGUCCAGACUUGGAUCGCAGCGAAAGCCCAGCUACGAGUUACGGAAGUUUGAGUCGUACCACGAGUAACACGGGAUUACGCACAAUGGUGGCGACAGGAGCGGCGAAAAAGGCACCACCACCUCCUCCCAGCAGGGCCAAGAAACCGGCACCGCCCAUUCCCGCCAGACCAGCAGCAUACUAAGGUCGUACGUAGUAAAUC